UAUUUUUUAAACACAAUGUUUUUGUGAUAAAUACUCGUUAUGAAACGGACAAUAUCUAUUUUGAGGGAAAAAGGGGUGCUGAAUUAUAAAUUGAAUAUAACCUUUUAAUUAAGUGAAAAUAAUUUUAUAAUUAUGCCUAUGAAAUUGUUCCAUUGGCCCCCAAGCGCUCCAUCAAGAUGUGCGUAUUUAACAUUAAAAACAUUGGGAUUAGAAUUUGAAGUAAAAAUGAUUGAUUUAUCUGAAAAAGAACAAUAUUCACCAGAAUUUCUUUCGAUGAACCCACAGCAUAUAGUGCCGACGUUGGAGGAUAAUGGUUUCUUUUUAUGGGAAAGUCGAGCAAUAGCUUGUUACCUAGUUGAUAGAUAUGCAAAAACUGAUACAUUAUAUCCUAGAAAUUUAGAAAAACGUGCAAUUGUCAAUCAGAGAUUAUAUUUUGAUGCCACCACAUUAUAUCCAGCUGUUCGAAAUGUUUGUCAACCUAUAAUGCAUAUGAACGCAAGCACGAUACCGGGGGAUAAAAAACAACUAUUAAACAAUGCUUUGGAUCAUUUAGAUUAUUACUUAGAACGUGAUGAUUUUGCUUGUGGUAUCUAUUUAACAAUCGCUGAUAUUUCCCUUUAUGCAACAGCUACAACUGUUCAGGCAAUUGGAUGGGAUUUCUCACGAUUUAAAAAUAUUAAAAAAUGGAUAAAGCGAUGUACGCAUCAUAUACAAGGAAGUGAAGAGAAUAUAAGAGGCUGUGAAGAAUUUGGAAGAAGGAUUCUUGAAAAGUUACAACCAAAUCAAAUUUGAAUUGUACUAGAAAUAAAAGUUUUCUAUGUAAA